UCCGGGUUGAGUGUGUGUAUGUGAAAUCUGUCACUGUCACUGCAGCAGCUGGAGUCUGUGUGUGUUUGUGUUUGUGAGUGUGUGUGUGUGUGUGUGGUCAGGUUAUCUUCCACACAGCCUCACGGGGACUCGCCGUCACCUCUGGCCGGGGAUGAGCGCUCUGCUGCGGCGCUGCGACCCGCGGAGGGUCGGGACUUGGAGAGGUUUCCAUGUGGGCGUGGUGCUGUCGACCUUUGACCUGAGGAAAGUGGAGCUGACGCCUCUGGAGCAGAGGAAGCUGACGUUCGACUCCCACGCCAUGGUGACGGAGCUGCAGAGCAGCGGUUUGGAGAAACGGCAGGCGGAGCUGGUCGUCUCAGCUCUGGUCACUCUGACCACGGCCAACAUGGACAUCGUCUAUAAAGACAUGGUGACCAAAGCCCACCAGGAGAUCGCGCUGCAGCAGAUCAUGGCUCACCUGGACGCCAUCAGGAAGGACAUGGUGAUCCUGGAGAAGAGCGAGUUCGCAAACCUGCGAUCUGAGAACACGAAAAUGAAGCGAGAGCUGGAGCAGCUGCAGAACAGACUGAAGGAGGAGAGCCAGAAGGUCCGAGCAGAAACCAAACUGGACAUCAACCUGGAGAGGAGCAGGAUGUCUGACAUGUUUACCGACCAGGAGAAGAAGCUGAUGGAGGCGACGUCAGAGUUCCAUCACAAGAAAGCCGACCUGGAGAGCGACAACAUGGAGAUCAACAGGAAGAUCGACCUGCAGGUGGCGUCACUCAAGACCCUGCUGGAGUCUCUCAAACUGGAGACGGUCCGCUACCUGGCAGCCACCGUCUUCUCCUGCCUCGCCAUCGCUCUGGGAGUGUACCGCCUGUGGAGGUGAACGCCGCGCUCUGAUGUCAGAACUUCAUUCCAAGUCGCAUCGCUUUUAACCCGUUUCAAACAUUUAAUAAAAUGUUUUUUUUUUAAUCAGCCUUCCAUUCUUUGA